AUGGCGUUCAUAGCCAAGAUGCCUGAUACCGCUGAGUGUCGGCUCCCUGGACAUUUUCCCCUUUCACCCUGCUAUCCAUCUGAUAUGAAAUGUUUUCUUACUCUCAUGCGGUGGGUCAUUAUUCUGCGUGGCAUGUCGGUUCCUCCAACUGCGGCAGAGACAUCGCCCAAGUUCCUUGACGGGCUCGUCGGGAGGCUAGUAACCCUGCUUGCCUCGUCUCGGCUCCGGGACCCUCUGAGGACUCUGUGGCUAUAUGGCAUGCGUGAAAAGAGAUUCUGCAUGGGUGAACCUAACCUUACUGACACUGGGGAUAAUCUCGGAAGUGCCCGUGUUUAUUUUGGUCUAGCAUUUCUCACCGAGUUUUCUCGCUCUCAGUCGCGGAGCUCGGCUACUAUAGACGUCUAUUUAGACGUGGCGACGUUCGACAGGCAAGGGGACCGCGAUUUGAGUGCAGGUCGUAACUUUACGGCGAACUUUUAA